GAGAGAGCAGAUCAAAGAGAGGGAGAGGGAGAGAGAGCAGGAUGAGUCAGGCGAGCAGAUUCAAGCGGAUGUGCGUCUUCUGCGGCAGCAGCCAGGGCAACAAGAGCAGCUACCACGACGCCGCCAUCGACCUCGCCAACCAGCUCGUGGGUGGGGGCAUCGACCUGGUCUACGGCGGCGGCAGCAUCGGGCUGAUGGGGCUCGUCUCCCAGGCCGUCUACCACGGCGGCAGGCACGUCAUCGGGGUCAUUCCCAAGACUCUCAUGACACCCGAGAUCGUCGGGGAGAUGGUGGGGGAGGUGAGGCCGGUGGCCGACAUGCACCAGCGGAAGGCCGAGAUGGCCAGGCAGUCGGACGCCUUCAUAGCCCUGCCUGAAGACAUCAUGCAAUGCAAUGCAAUGCAUUCCGCACGUGCGAAACUGUACGUACGUAGUAACAUGCAUCUCACCCGUUCAGGAGGGUACGGGACGCUGGAGGAGCUGCUGGAGGUGAUCACGUGGGCGCAGCUAGGAAUCCAUCACAAGCCGGUUGGUCUGCUGAACGUGGAGGGGUACUACGACUCGCUGCUCACCUUCAUCGACCAGGCCGUGGAGGAAGGCUUCAUCAACCCCGCCGCCCGCCGCAUCAUCGUCUCCGCCCCCACCGCCCACCAGCUCAUGGAGAAGCUCGAGAAGUACGUGCCUUACUACGACAUGGUCGCGUCCAGGCUGGACUGGAAGACGGAUCGCCUAGAGUUCUGAUCAUGGAGCAUGCAUUCUUCAUUUCUCUCAGCGUGGUGCAUGCAUGCAUGGAUGCAGAUCGAAGGAAUGAUUUGCUGAAGAUUAGCGUAAAAUAAUUAGUAGCUAGUUCAGUUGUACUCGAGCGGUCUCGGUGGCAUACGGGCUUCUUCUGUAAGGGCGUGGUCAGUAUGAACUUUCGAUAGGUAGCUAGGUGUCAACCUUUAUAUAUCUUGAUUAAGUAUCCCUCCAAAAAACAUCUUGAUUAAGACAUUACUAGUAGGCCCAAAGAUCAAGCAGCUAGCUGAGAUUGA